CUCGACCCAGCCCCUAUACAAAAACAACAACCGUCAGUAUUUUAUCUCCUCCUUCACUGACUUGACAACGCUCCAGUGCUUUGGUAGAUAGAUAGGUUGUUGGAUUGCCAGUGGAGUUGCUACGUGGUCGGUUUGAAAUUGAAACUAAGAUUAGUGAUUUUGCAGCAGAUCUCCAUCCCGUCCUGCAGAAUGCAUCGAGUUCUCUGCAGACAGUAUCACAGUACCAAGGGAGUCUUCGGAUUCAAACCGAAACCGGUGAAGGAAUUUCGAUUGAACCAGCGCAUCAUCGAUGCUCGGGUGCAGAAAAGCAACGCCUAUCGCUGGGUAGAAUCCUACCGGAAUCAUGCUCACCGAGUGGCCGCAAUCAAUCCGGUACCCUUCAUUCAAUCAACAGACGACUGCAGCCAUCUGCUCGACUACUCCCGCUAUGGACUUUCCUCAGCAGAUCGAAUCGAUCCGCUGGGUGUCGUCAACUCGUCCGAUCCGCCUUCAGCGUUGACCGUCGAACAGCUCGAGCAACUACUACAGCACAUCUACUGCGGAACCGCCAGCAUCGAGUUGGCGUACAUCGAAAACGAACAGGAGCGCGAAUGGCUUGCAGAAAACUACGAACAACUGUUCCACACCAACCUCAAUGUCUCGGAAAAGAAGGAAAUCGCCGAACUACUCCUAAAGUCACAGGCCUUCGACAACUUCCUGGCGACCAAGUUCCCCUCCGUCAAGCGAUACGGAGGCGAAGGAGCCGAAAGUAUUAUGGCAUUCUACCGGCAGUUGUUCAUUUGUACCGCGGAAGCGAACUUGAGCAACAUCGUCGUCGGAAUGCCACACCGUGGAAAGCUGAACGUCCUGACAAUCCUGUUCCAGACCCGACCAGCCAAGAUCUUCCGCAAGUACAAAGGACUGUCGGAGUUUCCUCCGGACGUGAAAGCCAUGUGUGAUAUCACCAAUCACUUCAAUACCUCAACGAACUUGAACAUCAACGGUAAAACGAUCCACUUGAACUUGCUCAACAACCCAUCCCACCUGGAAGCAGUCAACCCAGUUUCAAUGGGUAAGACCCGUGCCAAACAACUCUCCCUUCAGGACGGACCCUAUCACAACGAUCCUUCGGUACCUUCAAAAGUCCUGAACAUCCAACUGCACGGUGAUGCAGCUUUCGUCGGCCAGGGAGUCAACCAGGAGUGUCUCAUGAUGGCCGAAGUGCCCCACUUUGACGUCGGCGGCACGAUCCACAUGAUCGUCAACAACCAGGUAGGUUUCACCACUCCCGGCGACCGCGGACGAAGCACUCGCUAUGCAUCCGACCUGGCCAAGAGCAUCAUGGCUCCGGUAUUCCACGUGAACGGUGACGACCCGGAAGCACUGACCAAGGUCACCAAGCUGGCCUUCGAUUACCAACAGAAAUUCGGAAAGGACGUCUUCAUCGACCUGAACUGCUACCGACGCUGGGGUCACAACGAGCUGGACGACCCCACGUUCACCAGUCCACUGCUCUACAACGUGAUCCACAACCGCAGCUCGGUCCCAGAUCUGUACGCCAAGAAGCUCAUUGAAUCCGAAGAGAUCACCCAAAACGACGUUGACACUACAGUCAAAGCUCACCACGAUUACCUAAACUCCGAACUGCAGAACCUCAACGACUACCAACCUGAGAAAAGCUACUUCGAACACCAGUGGACUGGCAUACAGCAGGCAGGGAAUGAAGUUACCGUGUGGAACACUGGAAUCGACUACAGUCUACUGAACCUCAUCGCCAGAACCAGCGUAAACUGCCCACCGGACUUUGCCCUUCAUCCUCACCUGCGAAAGCACCACGUCGAAGCCCGCCUGAAGAAAGUAGCCGAAGGUAACCGCAUUGACUGGUCCACCGCGGAAGCCAUGGCCAUGGGAAGUUUGAUGUACCAGGGCUACAAUGUGAGGAUCAGUGGCGAAGACAUUGGACGGGGAACAUUUUCCCACCGUCAUGCCAUGUUCGUCGAUCAGAACACCAAUGAAAUCUACAUUCCACUAAACGACCUGAACGGCGGUGCCGGCGGCAAGCUGGAGCUGGCCAACAGUAUCCUAUCGGAAGAGGCCGUGCUCGGCUUCGAAUACGGCAUGGCCAUCGACAACCCGAACAACUUGAUCAUCUGGGAGGCUCAGUUCGGGGACUUCUUCAACGGUGCCCAGAUCAUUAUCGAUACAUUCGUACUCAACAGUGAAACCAAGUGGAUGGUGUGCAACGGCCUGGUGAUGCUGCUGCCGCACGGUUUCGACGGAGCCGCCUCCGACCACAGCUCCUGCCGGAUGGAGCGGUUCCUCCAGAUGACCGACUCCAAGGAAGCCACCCCGGACGGAGACGACGUCAACUUCGAGGUGAUCAAUCCUUCCACGCCGGCUCAGUACUUCCACGCUCUGCGACGCCAGAUGGUGCGCAACUUCCGGAAGCCGCUGGUCGUGGUAGCCCCGAAAACCUUACUCCGCCUGUCGGAGUGUGUUUCGACACACGCAGACCUGGCCCCGGGAACAUUCUUCCAGACGGUGAUCGGGGACGGCGCAGUCAGCGAUCCGAAGAAGGUCAAACGGGUUAUCCUUUGCAGCGGAAAGCACUACUACAAUUUGAACAAUGAGCGACUGGCCAGCAAGAACGGUGAAGUUGCGAUCGUGAGGUUGGAGUCGCUUUGUCCGUUCCCGGUGCAGCGGAUUCAGGAGGAACUGGCCAAGUACAGCAAUGUCAGGGAAGUCGUUUGGAGCCAAGAGGAACACCGAAACAUGGGUGCGUGGAGUUUCGUUCAGCCCAGAUUCGAGAAUAUGUGCGGAAAGAGGAUUACGUACCGGGGACGGUACGAAGGUGCUACCGUGGCUGUAGGGGUCAGCUCGUGGCACGCGAAGGAAGCGGAACAGGUGAUUAAAGCGGCAUUUCAGUAGAAGGAGCUAGACGCUGAGGGAGUAUAUUGUGCAAUGUAAA